AUGACGUCGCCGCCGCAUCGCCGGAUCCUCCCCCGCCUCGAAGCCCCGGCGCCGCCCCGGCAGCCGCCGGCCCUCAACGAAGAUCUCCUGGAAGAUAUCUUGCUCCGGGUCGCCUCCCCCGCCGACCUCGUCCGCGCCACCGCGACGUGCAGAUCCUUACGCCGCAUCAUCACCAAUCCGUCCUUCCACCGCCGGUACCGCUCCCUCUACCCGCCGCUCCUCCUCGGUAUCCUCUGCGAUGGCAUCCAGCCCGCCGCGGCCCCCCACCCCAACGCUCCUGCUGCCCGUUCUCUCGCCAACGCCGCUGGUUUCUCCUUCGAGUGCUACCUCCCUGGCGAUCGUUGGCAACGCUGCGACGUCCGUGACGGCCGUCUCCUCCUAGAGCGCCUCCUUGUGGACGACGACAGCGUCUUCUUCCCCGAGCUCGCGGUAUGCGACCCCGUGUACAGGCGUUUCAGGCUGCUGCCUCCCAUACCAGAAGAGCUAAUCGCCUAUGCCCAGGUCCAGGAUAACAAGACCCGCUUUUUCGAGGCCUUCCUUGUGCCAUCCGGACAGGAGGGGACAUCGUUCAAAGUGAUUGGCAGGACACACUGCAAUGACGAGCUGGUGGUAUUUAUCUUCUCCUCAGACUCUAACCUCUGGAGUCUUGGCACAUCUACCAGUUGGGCUGAUCUAGGCUUGAGCGCAGCACCACCAAACUUCGUUCUGGGUUGGCCGCAGUAUGAGCACGGCUGCUUCUACUGGAAAGUGAACUGGAGGAACAAGUUGCUCAAGCUCGACAUGGACAGGAUGGAGUUCUCCACUGUGGACCUCCCACCAGGCAACAAUGGGCGGGAAGUUGUCAUUGUGGAGCCAGGGGAAGGCAGGCUUGGGAUGUUUAGUCUCACUAGGGAUGGCACAGAUGUGCAUUAUUUCACCAGUAUGAAAAGUAAGGGUGAGGAGGCCAAAGAGUGGCUGGUGGAGAAUACAAUCCCUUUGCCAUGCAAUUGCAACAUUGUUGGCGCAUUUGAAGGAUACAUAUUCUUCCUAAGUGUUGAAACACACCAAGGCAGAGUGGAGGCAGUGUGUUAUUCCCUUGAGAUUAAGACGUUGAAGAUUGAGAGGGUCAACUCCAUGAACUACCUUUAUGUUCAUAUCCAUGCUUAUUUUGGGUACCCACCAUUCAUGUCGCCGAGAAAGAUAUAAGUGGACUAAAUUCGCAUCGAAGAUGGAGCUUCUGUUUCAUGGUGCUGGUCUGGAGCUAUGCGAUGAUGGAUGCCUUUGUAUUGCCCUUCUGUUGGGGAUGUAUGGCUAUCCCAGUCGACUGAUAUGGUUUCUUGAACUCUAGUGUUGAGUGUGUAUGGUUAUCGAUAUCCUUGUCUUCUCAUACUGUCUACCGAACUCUACCAUCUGUUGUGUUUGUAUGGUUACCCUAAGUCUGUCAAACUCUACCGUCUGUCGAGUGUUGUAUGGUUAUGUCGACUGAUAUAUACUGUCUGUUGAGUGUGUGAUAUGGUUAUGAAG